AUGGGAGCCUCGGUUUGCAAACCGUGUAAAAGAAAGCAAAAAACAAUACCUGGGGGCAGUAUUUUGGACAGGGUCAUCAGUCAGUCUUCAAAUGAAGACUUGUGUUUAUUAUAUAAAUUGGCAAAUUAUAAAAAAGGUGGUGAAUUAAUCGAUGCCUAUAACACUGGAGGCCAGUUUGAAGUGGAAACACUGAUAAGAGAACAAUUCGGCCAACUGAUGUACCACGAUGGUAAAGGUCAAAUAAUAAAUCGCUCUGAAUAUUUACGUUGGAAAUUCCGAGACCAUGAUCACGUUACUUUGCCCAUAGAAGCCUCUCUAAGCAGAUACGAUCCCUUGGGCAAAUGGACCGACCAUGAGGCAUGUUGGCAAAUGCAGUACAGAGGAUCACUGGGUGAAAGCCUCGUACAUGUUUUAAUAAUUUGCGACACAAAAAUACACACAAGACUGGCCAGAACUCUGAUUAAAUGUUUCCCGAGAUUAGCGGUAGAUGUCGUUGAAGGCGAAGAGUAUUUAGGGGCCAGCGCCCUACAUUUAGCCAUAGCUUAUAGUAAUAACGAACUAGUACAAGACCUAGUAGAAGCUGGCGCAAACGUAAAUCAACGCGCAAUCGGCAGUUUUUUCUUGCCCAGAGACCAACAGAAACCGAAACCCGCUAAACACACAGAUUACGAGGGUUUAGCCUAUUUAGGGGAGUAUCCGUUAGCGUGGGCGGCGUGCUGCGCAAACGAGAGCGUUUAUAAUCUGCUUUUGGACAACGACGCGCAUCCAGAUUAUCAAGAUACAUUUGGCAACAUGAUUUUGCAUAUGGUUGUGGUUUGCGAUAAGUUGGAUAUGUUUGGGUAUGCCCUAAGACAUCCCAAGUUGCCUGCUAGUAAUGGGGUCAUUAAUACUGCUGGGUUGACUCCUUUAACUUUAGCUUGUAAAUUGGGUCGUGCUGAGGUUUUCAGGGAGAUGUUGGAGCUAUCAGCCAAAGAAUUUUGGAGAUACAGUAAUAUAACUUGUUCUGCAUACACUCUAAAUGCCUUGGAUACUCUAUUACCUGAUGGAAAGACAAACUGGAACUCGGCACUUUUCAUAAUCUUAAACGGUACAAAGGAAGAGCAUUUAGACAUGUUGGACGGCGGUAUAAUCCAGAGAUUACUCGAAGAAAAAUGGAAAACCUUUGCAAGAAACCAAUUCCUCAAAAGACUUCUAAUCCUAGUGGUCCACUUAAUAUUCCUAUCUUUGGCGAUGUAUCUGCGACCUGAUGACCCCGACCAGCCCCUAUUAGGUUGGACAGAUGACCCCACCGUUAUCGCCAGGUAUGGCUGUGAGGUGGGAACACUUGUGGGUGUCCUAAGUUACGUGGUUUUACAACAAGGGGAUGAGAUUCGCAAUCAGGGACUUUGGACGUUUUUGAAGCAGCAAUCGAAUUCUCCUCCAAAAGCCAUAUUCUUGUUCUCGAAUCUCCUUAUAUUAGCUUGUAUACCGUGUAGAUUACAUGGCGAUAGAAAAACAGAAGAGGCUAUAUUGGUUUUUGCCGUACCAGGAUCAUGGUUUCUCCUUAUGUUUUUUGCAGGUGCGGUUCGUCUCACAGGACCCUUCGUAACAAUGAUAUACAGUAUGAUUACUGGAGACAUGUUAACUUUUGGAAUUAUCUACACGAUUGUACUUUUUGGUUUUAGUCAGUCGUUUUUCUUUUUAUAUAAAGGUUUUCCAGGUGUAAGUGGUACUUUGUACGCCAAUUACCCCACCACGUGGAUGGCCCUGUUCCAAAUAACAUUGGGCAACUAUGACUAUCAAGAACUAUCAUUAACAACAUACCCAGGUGUAGCCAAAACAGUAUUUGCUCUAUUUAUGGUGUUUGUACCAAUUUUACUUCUUAACAUGCUGAUUGCUAUGAUGGGCAAUACUUAUGCUCACGUCAUUGAGCAGAGUGAAAAGGAAUGGAUGAAACAAUGGGCUAAAAUAGUGAUAGCCUUAGAGAGGGCCAUCCCGCAGGCUGACGCACAUCACUAUCUGCAAGAAUACAGUAUUUCUUUGGGCCCUAGUGAUUUAGAUCCCAAUAUAGAGCAACGUGGUGUUAUGGUUAUCAAAUCUAAGAGUAAAACUAGGGCUAAACAAAGGAAAGGUGCUGUACUUAACUGGAAGAGAGUUGGUAAAGUUACUGUACGAGCUUUAAAGAAGAAAGGAUUGACUGGCGAGGAAAUGCGUUGCCUUAUGUGGGGUAGGGAGAGUAUUAACACACCUAUAAAAACCAAAGGUAAAAAUAAAGAUCCAUUGGCUGAUCCAACUGGUCCAGAUUUGACUAAUGGUUUUGGUAAUGCGCUAACUACAGCCCUAGAUGUUAUGGCUUUUACACAUGAAAUGGAUUUAAAUGGUGCUGCCCAGGGACUUAAUUUGGCUAGUAAUCCUGUCAAACCAGCUAAUAUGAAUAUUCCAGAUAAAGUCGCAAUGAAUAAUCAAAUAAAUAGCGCUCUAACAGCUCAAACUAUGUCGAAUAUAACAGCAUCAGCAGGUGAAUCAAUGCUUGGAACACUUUCUCAAAUAACAGAAUCAAAAGGAUUAAUACAAACAACACAACAACAAAUGACAACUACAACAACAACAACAACGCUGGUAACACAAAUAAAACAACCAACAAUAGAACAACAACCAAUAAUACCAACUCAACAACAAAAAAUCGUAAAAAUUGACACUGAAGACCCACUAAGAGAUUUAGUGUUGUUCGAUAGCGAUAAAAAUUGUGAACAAGAAAAACUGAACUUUUUAGCUACCACUGCUGCCAACUUAAAGGAACAAGAGGUGAUUCAGUCCCAACCUUCAGAGCAGACGAAAAGCGUGAAAAAUUUGGCUGGAAUAUUCGCCGGGACCGAGGCGUUUGUUAAGAAGGUCGAGGAGACGGUAAAAAAGAAAUACGCGGCUUUGGAACCGAGCGACAGUGAAGGACUUGAAGAAGUUUUAUUGGGUAAAAUAUCGAGAACCAGGAGAGCCAAGUCAGCGCAUCUAAGAAAUUCUUCAGCCAAAUCGAGGACAUCAGAUAAAAGGCGUUUGAUGCACUCAGAUUCCGGUUCCAGCAAUACUGAUACAGUAAAUUCUUUGGAUGAAAAUAACACAAAGAAAAAUGACGACUUAGAUUAUGCGGAAGAAAGAAUGAGAAGUGUUAAAGAGUCGUUAAAAGUUGACAGUUCGAAUAUAAGACCAAUAAACUUAGAUGUCGCUUUAGGAGAAGAACCGUUAUCCGCCACAAUUUCUGACACUUUAAGGAUUCAAGGUUCAGGAAAUGGUAAUGAGGUUGAGUCAGGGAAUAUUACGAAGAAAAAAAGAAAAAAACGAACGAAAAGUUGUAAAAAUAACAGGUAG